AUGCUCUUCAAUGAACGGCACGAAUAUGUGGAUUCACACACCUUCAAGAUCCAUCCAUCAAUUCACAAAGAACUGGAUAAUUGGCGUGAUGGUAAUGACUUAGGGAAAAUAGUUGUUGAAGUCUCUUUCUAUUUUAAAGCGUUUCCUCCAACUCCACUCUCACCAGUUUGGUCUUCUGUUUCUAAUACUCCUUGGGCUAAUCUGGAUAAUCUCACAGAAAAUGAAGUGGCGUCAAUCUUCAUAGAUUCCUCAGACUGUUCAGUCUCUCCUUUAACGCCUGAUCAAACGCUUUCAAGGCUUUUAAACAAUGGAGAUACCUUUGCAUCAGUUUUAAAUACUGCAAAUACCAAUUUAGAGGGAAUGUCCAUUCAAGAAUUAGAGCUGCUCGUAAAUGAUAGUUCCAAGUUUGAUGCAUUUGUAAAUUCAUUAGAAUACGUGAAAGAGUUUGAAGAGUAUCUCAGAAAACUCAAACUCUCUAAUUUGAAAGUUCAAGAGACAAAUAUCAAUAUGGAAGAAGCCCUCAAAAUAUUGAGUCAGAAGAUCGUCCAACUGGAUCAGGAGUUUGAUCAAAAUAAAAAAAAACUCGAAGGACUUAUUGAAAGAAAAGGGAGGGUGGAAGCUAUGCACUCAUACAAGGCAUUGAUAAAAAUUCUCGAAACAUCGGCGGUUGAAGAAGAAAAAGAGGCGGAGAAUGUGGCAGACCGUUUUUUGAAUGGACAAAUCGAAGUCUCAGAAUUUUUAGAAAAUUUUUUAAAUCAUAAAAAAUCCUAUUAUGUCAGAAAGUCUAAAAUAAAAAUGCUAGAAUUAGCUGCAAAAUAA